AUGCCGUCCGUCAUCAACAACGGGAUGGCAACUCACGAUGACGAGUCAUCGUUGAGUUUCUCAACGGAGUCGUCAAUCGACAAUGGUGGAGGAUCGCAGGUCAACACUCCGUCUGACGCCUCCGAGUUUGGAGGCAACAAAGGGCAGUAUCACACCAGCAUUACGCCCACUCGUGCUUCGCAGAGCUACCCCGUUGGUAUCAUGGCUUCUGGCAACACACCGAAGGCCAACCUGCAGCGUCGUUCCGUCACGUUCGUAGAGCCGGACCCGCCUGCCAGAGAGCAUUCCCGGAUCACGUACACCAUGGUCAACAACACGCCUCCUUCCACGCCGAAGGAUGAUACAUUCGACGCUCAGUACCUUUAUCCGCCGAGCGCUUGUGUGUUUGUGGCAAAUCUUCCUGAAGCUCGGGAGGAUGAAGAUCUUCACGCCGCGGUUACCAAGGAGUUCAGCUACUUUGGAUUAGUAUACGCCAAGAUUCGCCGCGACCCCUCCAACAUGCCAUUUGCCUUCUGCCAGUAUACAAAUGAAGACCAUGCGAAGGACGCGGUGAUCAACGGAAAGGGUAUUAUGAUCCUUGGUCGCCCUUGCCGAACCGAGAUGGUCAAAGCCAACCGCACCUACGCAAUCAACAGACGUGAUCACAGAGACAUGACUAUCGAUCAAGCCACUCGCGUGCUUGCAGCUCACGGAGAGCUCAGCAAGUGCUACUUGUUGCCCGCCGAGCAUCAGCAGGAACUCAGCCUCCCCCCGACUGUUAUCGCUGAGUUCACGGUCUUUGACCCAACUCGCGACAUGGGCAUUGUCGCCAAGGAGAACCCGGACUAUCGGAUCGUACCGUACGAUGAGCAGAAGCGAUCCAUUACACCGCCUCGCGACCCGAACAAGGAAUUCCUCAGGCAGUACGAUGUCGAUCGGCGCACCUUGUAUGUCGCGCACUUGCCGCGGGACAUUGAGGAGACAGAACUGGAGGAUCUGUUUAGUCAGGCCGGCACCAUCAUCAAGUGCACCGUCGUGAGGAAGGACGUCCCUUCUUACUAUGGUGUUCGCCAGAACCUCUAUGCUUUCGUCGAGUACGAGCAUAUCGGCGCUCCAGAUGAGGCCAUCAAGCGCUUCAGAGGUUUUGAAUUGCGCGGCCAUCCCUUGAAGGUCGAAAGGAAGACCACCAAAAAAGUUCGUCGGAUGGUUUCGUCUCCCUUGAUUAACAGGGCUCCUGCCUCUUCCGACACGUACAGAGGCGGCCCUCGCACCCCUAACACGCCGUCAAGAAGCACUUUUGCUCUCAGAUCCGCCAUGAAACAAUCGAGCGUCCCUGAGAUGGCGGCUCAAGGGUCAGAGUCAGCUCCUAUGUUGCUGGCUUACUCAUCGGAAGGAUCGCCCCCUCAGCGCAGGAAUGCCCACGCAGCCCACGGCUUCCACCUCACGGAUGGUCCUGCUAUGAACGAUACUUCUAUCCACAAAGCGUCGACAGAGCCGCUUGCUGUCAAGCCUGUCAAGUCGAUGCCCAAUUUUGCUGCACAUGGGGUUCACGGUGGUGCUAUUCCUGCCAACGAAGUCCCCGCUGGUGUCUUUCCAGGACCUGCUGCCAAUGGAGUCCCCGGUGGCGCCGUGCCGGGACCCCAGUUUACAGCCCUGCCUCAUCCCACGGCUGAUGUGAAUGGUAGACCGAUUCAUCCUCUGCAGCCUUUGCCUAUCACAUCCUGGGACCAGCCCCAGCCCGCCUACCCGCACGUCGGCUACAUUCCGGACUGGGAUAUGCACGCGUACAUGACUGGGAUGCCCGGCACUGGCCCGGUCUUGCCUCCCAAUGUCCAGCAGGCUCCUCAUGAUCUGGUGAUGCAUAACUGGACUCCAGAGUUUGCGCCGCCGAUUCCCCUCGAGGCCGUUCCUCGCGGAUUUGUCUGCUCACACUUCGCCUACCAUCCCAUUACGGGACAGCACUGUGCCGUUUGGAUUCCUGCGGCUGCCCAGCAUCCCUCGGUCUAUUGA